AUGACUCUGGUUAUUCUUUCACUUCGGUCUUAUUUUCAAUUGAGACUGCAACAGUGUCGAUUGAUCCAAAACCCAAAAUCCAGUCUUGGACCAAUCCUUGCAGUUGAGUCAGCUUUGGAGGAAACAAAACACACGACCGAAGCCUCCACUCCGCAGGCUUCGGGCAAUUGGUGGCCCUUUGCCGAUGAUGGUGAGUUGCCCAGUGACGUGAAGGCCCUUGUGAGCGCCGCGAGCGGCGACGAAGCGCGACCGAAGCUUCAGGAGCAACGCCGCAACGCUGUGCAGCCGCAACAGAGCCCGCACGGGCGGCUGGAGGGGCUGGUGGCGUUGCAGCAACCUGCGAUGGAGGUGACGAGGCAUUCAUCUUCGAAGCCAGCAGAGGAGUACGACGUGACGGACAGCGCCGGUGGAGCUGAAACAGUUCUGUCAGCUCUGUUGGAGUCCAAAGAGGUGCCGCAGGUGCCGGUGCCGGUGAGCCCCAAAAAAACGCGUCGUCCCUUGAUGCUGGCGACCAAAUCCACUGCAGGUCAACCGGAUCAGCUGUCCCAGUGCCUAGACUUUGCACAGUGGGCCAAGCAUCAAGAGAUCCGGGGGAAGGAGCUGACGAAGCUCUUCAUGAGCACUUGCAGUCCUUCCGCCUCAGCUCCAAAGAAGUACGUGGACAUGUGCAAGGGCAUGGAGUCCGAAAUGAAGGUCCUGGAGAAGGACGAAGAUUGGCUGCCAGCCGCCGCCUGCGAUGUGCUCCUGAAGUACUUCCGACGGCCCCUCUAUCGCCUCCAGGGUGAUUGCAACGGGAACGUGGUCACAGGUGCAUCAGCUUUUGAUUCUGGCAGAGCAGUGGCCGGCAGUGUGGCAGGCACUGUGAGUUUUCUGCUCUGCACCCGCAGACAACGACAACAGCGUCGAGAUAGACAGGUGACCCAGGUGCCCCUCUCUGCCGUGAAGUCCGAGAUUCGCCCGGAGAUUUAUCGAAUUGGUGAAGCACAGCGAUCCUUCUUCUACAGUCAAUGUCCUGUGGAAGAUCUGCGGAAACCGGAGUUUGCCUUUUUCGGUCAAUCCAACGUGGGAAAGAGCUCCAUGUUGAACUUCCUGUGCAAUCGAAGGAAGCUCUCCACGAUCUCGAAGCAUCCGGGCCACACCAAGCUGAUCCAUCACUUCCUGUGUGAGAACAGCUUUUACUUGGUAGAUUUGCCGGGAACGGGUCGAGCCAAAGGUGCAGGCAGAGAGUUGAAGCAGAUGACGAAGAUCGUCACCGCUUAUGUGCGCCACCGUAGCACCUUGGCGGAGCUCUUCUACUUGGUGGACGGAUCAGCGCGCUUCAGCAACUUUGAUCUCCAGGGCAUCAAGUGGUUGGUGGAUUCAGGCGUGAAUCUCUCGGUGAUUUUGACCAAGAUGGACAUGGCUCCAUCGCGAGGUUUGGACCGGGCAGACGAGCUGUUGGACCUGCCCUUUGGCUUCGAAGUCAUUGCCAGUGCGCGAAGCGCGAGCGUAACUAAGUUUCGGCGCACCUCUGUUCACAAGCUCUAUGAAAUGCCCGAGAGCCCCUGGCGGUUGAAGAAAGAUGUGGCACUGCCAUUGGUCUUCAAGUGCAGCGCAAAAGAGCGCACGGGUCGGGAGGCAGUGCUGGAACACAUCGCGGAUCUUCGCAGAGCCAUCGUCUCCCAGGGACGAGGAUCUAGGAAGAAAAAGGACAAAGCACUGGAGUCACGGGAGCCGCCGGCGAUUCGAUGA